UUACAGUGCAUUUUUGGAAGUUCGCCUCUUUGAACAUGAGGUAGAUCUACCUAAAGUUAUUAUGUUCUAUACAUCCAAAUUCUGAAUAGCAUAUAAGAAGAUAAAACCGUGAAAACACUUUGCAUGCGCAACGAGUCGAAAAUUGACCAAGCUGCACCCAGGCAGGCACCAGAGUGUUGAUAGCUUGAACCUGAAAGAACCGAACUUGAAUUAUUUGGCGAACACCCUGAAGGUUGCAGCUAAUACAGACAGCGUCCCGCCAUGUUCCCCCCCGGGUCGCUACUUCAGUUAGACUGGUACCGCAGCCAAGAAGGAAGGGAGGUCUUCAGCCAUUUUAUGCAAAAUAAUGGCCUGAAGAGGAAAACAUUUGGUUUACUGGAGAGGCCAAACAUUCCUUCUCUGGAAGAAUUCACCUAUAAAUUGUUUCUUGUGGGGAAGACUGGCGUGGGGAAGACAAGCACUGCAGCCAAGUUGAGUGGCAAUGAUGUACCUUCCGUUCAUUGUGAGACAUCAGGAAUUCAGACCAGCACGAUAUAUAUGCCAGCUCGGAAUCUUCAACUGAACAAGACGGUGCUCUUCAACAUUCAGUUGUGGGAUGCUGGGGAGAACGCACUGAGGAAGUUUGAUCAUGUUCUCCCGGCCUGUGUUGACAAGGUGGAUGGGAUCCUCCUCCUGUUCUCGUUCGUGGACAAGGGCAGUUUUGAGGAGAUCCCCCAGCUCAUCACGAGACUGACUGAUCCUGAUGAUGGUGUGUGUAAAGUGGUCAUCGGAACCAAAUUUGAUCAGCACGCCCACAGCGAGAUAACGCAGAGGGACAUUCGUGAUUUUGAAAGCACAUGGAAAAUACCUAUAUUGAAGAUCAAGAAUGUUCCAGAAUACCAUCACACGGACAGUCGAAAUGAUCUGAGUGACAUCCUGCCGAUCUUAAACUCAAUCUGUGAGCAUCUGUGGCACAGGGAUGUGUUACUGGCUGGUAGAUCACAGAACAAAGGUCACAUGGACCACAGGAUAGCAUACUGCUGAAGUCAAAGGUCACAGACAACCGGAUAGUGUAUUGCUGAAGUCAGGGGUGACACAGACAACAGGAUAGUGUGUUGCUGAAGUCAAAGGUCACAGACAACCGGAUAGUGUAUUGCUGAAGUCAGGGGUGACACUGACAACAGGAUAGUGUAUUGCUGAAGUCAGGGGUGACAUUGACAACAGGAUAGUGUAUUGCUGAAGUCAGGGGUGACGCAGACAACCGGAUAGUGUAUUGCUGAAGUCAGGGGUCACUCGGACAACAGGAUAGUGUAUUGCUGAAGUCAGGGGACAAGGGACAACAGGAUAGUGUAUAGCUGAAGUCAAGGGACAAGGGACAACAGGAUAGUGUAUUGCUGACAUCAGGGGUGACACAGACAACAGGAUAGUGAAUUGCUGAAGUCAGGGGUCACUUUGACAACAGGAUAGUGUAUAGCUGAAGUCAGGGGUGACACUGACAACCGGAUAGUAUAUUGCUGAAGUCAGGUGUGACAUUGACAACAGGAAAGUAUAUUGCUGAAGUCAGGGGUGACACUGACAACAGGAUAGUGUAUUGCUGAAGUCAGGGGUGACACUGACACCAGGAUAGUGUAUUGCUAAAGUCAGGGGUGACACAGACAACAGGAUAGCAUAUUGCUGAAGUCAAAGGUCACAGACAACCGGAUAGUGUAUUGCUGAAGUCAGGGGUGACACUGACAACAGGAUAGUGUAUUGCUGAAGUCAGGGGUGACAUUGACAACCGGAUAGUGUAUUGCUAAAGUCAGGGGUGACACUGACAACAGGAUAGUGUAUUGCUGAAGUCAGGGGUGACACAGACAACCGGAUAGUGUAUUGCUGAAGUCAGGGGACAAGGGACAACAGGAUAGUGUAUAGCUGAAGUCAAGGGACAAGGGACAACAGGAUAGUGUAUUGCUGAAGUCAGGGGUGACACAGACAACCGGAUAGUGUAUUGCUGAAGUCAGGGGUGACACAGACAACCGGAUAGUGUAUUGCUGAAGUCAGGGGACAAAGGACAACAGGAUAGUGUAUAGCUGAAGUCAAGGGACAAGGGACAACAGGAUAGUGUAUUGCUGACUUCAGGGGUGACACUGACAACAGGAUAGUGUAUUGCUGAAGUCAGGGGUCACUUGGACAACAGGAUAGUGUAUAGUUCAAGUCAGGGGUCACUUGGACAACAGGAUAGUGUAUUGCUGACUUCAGGGGGACACAGACAACAGGAUAGUGAAUUGCUGAAGUCAGGGGUCACUUGGACAACAGGAUAGUGUCUUGCUGAAGUCAGGGGUCACUUGGACAACAGGAUAGUGUAUAGUUGAAGUCAAGGAACAAGGGACAACAGGAUAGUGUCUUGCUGAAGUCAGGGGUCACUUGGACAACAGGAUAGUGUCUUGCUGAAGUCAGGGGUCACAGACAACAGGAUAGUGUCUUGCUGAAGUCAGGGGUCACAGACAACAGGAUAGUGUCUUGCUGAAGUCAGGGGUCACUUGGACAACAGGAUAGUGUAUAGUUGAAGUCAAGGAACAAGGGACAACAGGAUAGUGUCUUGCUGAAGUCAGGGGUCACUUGGACAACAGGAUAGUGUCUUGCUGAAGUCAGGGGUCACAGACAACAGGAUAGUGUCUUGCUGAAGUCAGGGGUCACUUGGACAACAGGAUAGUGUCUUGCUGAAGUCAGGGGUCACAGACAACAGGAUAGUGUCUUUCAUAAGUCAGGGUUCACAUGGACAACAGGAUAGUGUGUUGCUGAAGUCAGGGGUGUUGAACACUGUCAGUAGUACUUCAGCCAGCUCCCUGUGGCUUAUAUUGUCAUCACAGACGACAAUGGCAUGUGCAUUGCUCCAUCGGAAAGGGUUCAGUGUGACACAAGGAAGGACAGGCUGAUGGGACAAGGCCUCAUGGACAACAAACUUGCAUGUUGCUGAAUACACAAAUAUACUGAUGGAAAACAACAAGGGAAGAUACAUUUGACAUGCCACGUGUUCUUGAAGGUGACCAGGUUUUUUCAUUAACAUAUUGAACGAAGGCAUUGGUUCCCUUUUCGACAUUCUUCUUUUUUAGGGUUUUCGGAAUCAGUGCAAGGAGAGUUGGACAAGAAGGUUGAUUUCACAGAAAACAAAAGCAAGUUUUGAAGAUAUAUGGUCAGAAUACUGAUGCUGUGAUGUUAUUACAGACAAUGUUUAAGCAUUUACAGUUAUUAAGAAUAUAGUCAUACUUUUAACCAUGGAAACAGAUAACAAAGAUUCUUCUAUAUUUGUAAAGUACAUUUUUAUUUGGAGACAUUUUAUGCCAAAAUAGGUGUUUUGUGUACAUGAAUAAAUCAACAUAAAACAUAAAGACAACAGUUGUUUGUGCGCCAAAAUACAACCGGACAUGAAACUGGAUUGAGAAGAGUGAGUGGGGGUUAACACAACCUUUUGCUGUAUGUGGUUAAAAUAUUCCUUUUACUUAAAUGAUAUGAAUUAUACUUUUUAUGCAAAACUUAACAGUAAAUUAUUUCCAAUAUACUGUAAAUCUUGAAAUUAACGUGAGCGUGAAUUAAAUGCGAAAAAUUCAUGUGUUCUUUGCUCGCAUUUUUAAACGUCGCAUUUAUAUCAACAAUAAGACAUUUUGGAUAGCAAAAAUACCAACUUAGACAUACGCUGAUAUAUUCCACACCACUGUUUUUU